AUGACAACAGCUACAAAAAGCCUAGAGCGGCGGCGGCGGCAGCAGCAGGAAGUUGCAAUGCAAGGCAGCGAGGUGAAGCCCGGGAGGAGCCAAACGGGCUCGGUGCAGAAGCACCUCAACGUCGGCCUCGUCGUCGGCGGUCUCCUCAUGCUCCUCACCUAUCUCGCCGUCAGCCUCCCUCCUCAUGGAUCGACAGAGAAUGGCAAGGUGGUGUGCAGCACGGCGGGGCGCUCCUAUGACCUAUCCGACACCUGCCAAGCGGACGGCGACGUCCGCACCAACGGCACAGCCCUGUCGGUGACCCUCGUCCCGGCGAGCGGGUCCGAGUUGGAGCGUCGGGAGUGGAUGAUCACGCCAUACUCGCGGAAGCUCGACGGCAUAAGGAAGGUCACCGUGACGCAGCUACAGGACGGGGCCGCCGCGGUGCCAUGCACGGUGACUCACGACGUGCCGGCCGUCCUCUUCGCGAUCGACGGGUACGCGGGCAACUACUGGCACGACUACAGCGAUAUCCUGGUUCCAUUGUUCAUCGCGUCGCGGCGGUACCACGGCGAGGUCAUGUUCCUCAUCACCAACAUCCGGCUCCAUCCGCAGUGGCCGGUCAAGUACAGGGCCUUCCUCCGGGGGCUGUCCAAGUACGACGCGGUGGACAUGGACGGCGACGCGCAGGUCCGGUGCUUCCCGCGCGUCACCGUGGGGCUCCGCCUCUACAAGGAGCUGAGCAUCGUCCCCGAGCUGGUGCCGGGGGGCCGCCUCUCCAUGGCCGACUUCACCCGGUUCCUACGCGAGACCUACGCGCUCCCACGCGCCGCCCCAGUCAGCCUGGCCCGAGACCAGGAGCCGCCGCACAAGAAGCCGCGGCUGCUGCUGAUCCACCGGGGCCACUACCGCCGGAUCCUGAACGAGCCGGAGAUCGCGCGGGCGGCAGUGGCCGCGGGGUUCGAGGCGGUGGUGGCGGAGCUGCGGGGCGACGCGCCCGAUGCGGAGCAGGCGCGGGUGGUGAACUCGUUCGACGUGGUGCUGGGCAUCCACGGCGCGGGGCUGACGAACGCGCUGUUCCUGCCGCCCGGCGGCGUGCUGAUCCAGGUGGUGCCGUACGGGAAGAUGGGGCUCAUCGCGAGCACCGCGUUCGGCUGGCCCGCCGCGGACAUGGGGCUCGGGUACUUCGACUACGACGUGAGCGUGGAGGAGACCUCGCUGCUGGAGGCGCUGGGGCCGGAGCACCCGGCGAUCAAGGACCCCGACUCCGUCCACCGCAGCGGCUGGCCCAAGGUCUUCGAGCUCUACCUCGCCAAGCAGGACGUCCGCAUCAACGCCACCCGCUUCGCGCCAACGCUGGCGCGAGCGCUCGACCACCUACGGCGCUCUCAUUAG